AAGGCAAAAGUGAAAGUAGACAUGUGGUAAAUAUUUCUACGGUUUUCUGGAAUGUUCGACUGUAUUCCAUAAAAUGUUAUUUCAAUAUGCUAUGGUUAGUUUAACUUUAACCAAUAUUGAUUGUCUUCAAACUAAGUGCAAAAUAUAUUUUUUUUUCGAAUGGGCCAAUGAAAAAAGCCUCGCCCCAAAGACCUUCUGUAGACUUAUUUAACGAGUUUUCCCUCUACUUGAUAUUUGCAUCUACCUGUUCCAGUGAUAUGAAGAGGUAUUCGUCACGCUCGCUGGGCCUUAUUUUGAUUUCUCUACUACUGGAAACAGAGACAUCUCAUGUUGUUUCGUCUGAUCCCGUUGUUGCUGUUGCUGAUGAUGAUGUCAUUCUACCAUGUUCCCUGUUGAAUUUCACCAAGAGUGCUGGCUUGGUAGUGAAAUGGUCGAGAUCCAACCUGACAGACACAACUGGGAAAGACAAGGUUGUCCAUUUUUACCGUGACGCUCGUGACUCCAAUGUGGAUCAGGAUGAAUCCUACAGGGGAAGGACAUCACUGUUUAAAGAACUGAAGAAUGGCAACGUCUCCUUAAAACUGUCCAGAGUGAAACUCUCUGAUGAAGGCAACUACAUGUGUUACAUUCUAGUUCAGGAACCGAACAGCCUAGUUCAUGAAACCGUCAUUCAACUCAUUGUUGUUGCUGUAUCCAACCCAGUGAUCUCCAUCAAUGGAACCAAUGGCAGUGGGGUGGUCCUGAAGUGUGAGGCUAAAAGCUGGUACCCCAAACCCGAGAUGAACUGGCUGGACAGUGAGAGACAGGUCCUCCCCGCUGGAUCCGCUGAGACACGCAGGGACACAGAGGGCCUCUACAUUGUGAGACGCCAUGUCACCGUGAACAAGAAAGUCACCAACACGUUUACCUGUAGGGUUCAGCUUCAAAAGUUCAAUUUUACGAGGGAGACAGGGUACAAUAUUCCAGAUGAGAUGUUUCCCACGGUUCCCUGGGUGUGGAUUGCUGUUCCUGUGUUGAUAGUAUGUGUUUGUGGACUUGUGUUUGGGUUCAUGUGGAUAAAAUACCAGAAACUGAGAAAAAAGAUAGACUUUGCAGAUCAACAGAUACAAGAACUCACUGACGAGCUGGACAGUUCCAGAAUAAAAUCUGAUCAGCGUAUAAAAGAGCUCACUGACGAGCUGGAUACACGCGAACAAGAGCUCACUGAACAGCUAGCUAAACUCAAACAAGAGAGGGCUGCACUUGUCUCUUCAGUUGAUAACGGAUGCCAUAGAUUUUCAUUCUCAAGGACGUUAUCAAUGUCACUGUCAAACAAACCACUUAGAAGAAAUACAAUGGCACAUUCAAUGACUGAAAAGGCAGAUGUCAAAGAGGAUGAAGAGACGAACCCGUUACACCAAACCAUCAGAACCACUUGACGAGGUCGCUAGUUGGGUUAAAGGAAUAGUCCACUCAAACUAUCUUUUGUAGUUAAAAAAAAAAAAUAUCCA